UGAUGUAUCUUUUGCCUCUCUAUUGCCACCUCUGUUCAAAACAUGGAAUUGCAGGUUACUGUCCCUUGAACUUUUCUUCGCCACAAACCAGGGCCCCUGGAGCGGAGAGCACCUAAAUAACAAAUCCCCGCGGCUGUCCCGCAAGUUCUCCUCCCCCCCGCCCGUAUCCAUCACGUCCCGCGCCGCUUCCCCCAUCCAAACCCGCAAACUGUCCCUCAGUUCUGCCAUGGGCUGUAGGAGCGGAGCUUUGGACCUGUCGACGGCCACUUCGUCUGCGGCCGGCAGCCCGACGUCCACCUACAACCCCCUCGUCUCCUCCCCGCCACCCACCUGCACCAAAGCCCCUCUGGACCUCAGCCGGGGCCCCGGCUCACCCGAACUCGCACCCUCGGCUCCCGAAGAGGGCGGGGAGCUGCCGCGUAUAGACGCCUUUUGUGGGAAACUGCGCAGGAGCAUUCGGCGAGCUGUUCUGGAGUCAGUGUCAAUGGACAAGUUCAUUCCCGAGACGCCCGUGUCGAGUGAGACUGGAGAUCUGUCGCCCUGCCGAUCUCCAUCCACCCCACGACACCUGCGCUACAGACAGCCUGCAGGUCAGUCUCCCGACAGCUCCCGCUGUUCCGUCUCUCCGGCCUCCGCGUUCGCCAUCGCCACGGCCGCGGCUGGACACGGCAGCCCACAAGGAUUCGGCAACUCGGAGAAAACAUACGACAAAGAGUUCCUCAUCCGCAGGGCCGCAUCCAACCGAGUGCUCAAUGUUCUGCGUCACUGGGUUUCCAAACACUCGCAGGUUUGUGUGACUUUCUUCAUCUCCAGUCUGUCCUGUUGUUUCGCCUGCUCCCGGCUGAUUUGUUAGUCAUGACCUUAACACGUCAUGCAAAAGGAACAAAAUUAUAAGAACCGCAAGACCCGUGUCAUCGUCUCUUUAACUCUUUCUCCAGCAUAGACAAGAUUGUGUUCUUCUGCCUAUCAUUUUCAUUGUUAUUUCACGGUUA